CAGCUGUUGCAAGAGAGCAUCAGGAAGUAUGAAUGUAAAGCGAUGGAUGCUCGUAGUCUGCUUUCUUUGUUCAGCUUUUGGGACAGCUGAAUCGGUGGCAACAAGUGAAUGUCAAAAAUACACUUGCAGCACAUUCGGCAGUGGAGUCGUCCAGCCUUUCCAAGGUUCAGGAUUCUAUGUGCGUUCCAAUUGUCCGUUCACUCUCACCCGGUUGACCCACAACCGGGUUGAAUGUGAUGUCUCUAUACGUCGAGGGAAUAAUGGAUUGCUGGUGCAAGUCGAGAUCAUCAUCAACAAAGUCAGGACUGUUCUGCAGAAUGGAAACAUCCUUGUGGAGGACCAAAGUGUUUCUCUUCCGUACGACCACACCUAUGAGAAUAUUUUUCAGUAUGGCAUCUACACAAGACUGAGGAGCUCGUUGCUCCCUCUGACUGUCACCUGGCACACUGUACCUGCAGGAAUAGACACUCUUUGGGUGGAGCUGGGGCAGGAGCUGAGCACUGACAUGACCGGACUAUGUGGAAAGCACAACGUAAUAGGCAAUGAGCAGCAGCUGAUCAGAGAGAGUGUGCUUACUGACAGCACGUGUCACAUCAGAGAUCCCGUCUCUGCUCCUAAUCCAGUAUGCAAAGAAUUCUUCUCCCACAUCAUCGGUUUUCCACAGUUAAGUUUGCUUCAUUACCUCAAACUCUGUUACAAGAACAUUUACAGCUAUGAAGACAGCAAAUAUAUCAGCUGUGCUUACUUCAAAGAGAUUGCACAACUUGUUGGAAAAAGGGGAGCUUUCUCGAGCAAAUGGAGAUCCAUAACCAAAUGCAGUCAGCCAACUUGUCCUGGAAACCUGGUUUAUGAAGAAGAAGGUGCAGCCUUUGUUCCCAGCUGCUCCAACCCCAACCUGCAGAUCUCCAACCACGAUAUCUCCAGCUCCUGUGUUUGCCCAGAGGGCACGGUGCUUAAUGACCACUUGUAUGGCUUCCACUGUGUGAAUCCGGCCAGUUGCCCCUGUGUAUUUGCUGGUCAGACGUACUUAACUGGACAGAAACGUAGCAGCAAGUGUCAGUCAUGUUUGUGUGAAGGUGGAAAGUGGCGUUGCUCUGAAAACUUAUGCCCAACAAAAUGUCUAAUCGAAGGACAAUUUGUGACAACUUUUGAUGGGAAACAAUAUGUCAUCCCUGGUAAAUGUACAUAUCUAGCAUUACAGUAUCUCAACUUGAGAGUAGUAAUCCAGUUUUCUGAUAAGGACGUGUCCCUGGAAAAAGUUGUUCUUCACCAUUACCAGGAAACCUAUACGUUCACAAACAACAAGGUGACAUUUGGAGAUCAAGAGAUUAAUGAGUUCUAUCAGUCUGAUCAUGCUCAAGUUUUCUGGCAGACAUCUAUGUAUGUUCAAGUCAAGACAUCCACUGAUAUUAAGAUCCAAGUCCAGAUGUCUCCUGAAAUCCAGCUCUACAUCUCUGCUCCUAAAAAACACAAAGACAUAAUUUCAGGUCUUUGUGGCAACAGCAACGGUGACAGCACAGACGACUUCACCACCAGCAGCGGCAUCAUCGAGAACUCAGCAGAACAUUUUGCUCUGUCCUGGAGUAUGGGUGCCUGCGCAGUGAACAUUCCCAACACCUGCAUAAACACUCACAACGAAAUGUUCGCUGAUGAAAAGUGCUCCGUGCUAUACAACCCAACUGGAAUAUUUUCCACAUGCCUUAGACAUAUCCCUGCUGAACAAUACCACGCAGCUUGUAUCCAAAGAACCUGUAACUGUGGUAGCAAUGUGGCGAGCUGCUUGUGUGUUGCUCUGGGCAGCUAUGCCAAAGCUUGUGCAAGUCUCGGGGUUUUAGUUGGUGACUGGAGAAAAGCUACCAACUGCAGUCCAACAUGUCCAAAGAACCAAGAGUUCUUCAAUGACAUACAACCAUUCAACCGUACAUGCCGCUCCCUCUCUGGAUCUAACCCUGUCUUUGAGGUUGAUGAUGCUCCUGUGGAGGGCUGUGGCUGCCCAGAAGGAACAUACCUGAACCAAGAAAACACCUGUACACCAAAGGCAGACUGUGUAUGUCAUCACCAUGGUGGUAUAACACCUCCAGGGCCUGUUGUUAUCAAUGGAAGACAAUGCCUCUGCAACAAUGGAAAACUGACUUGUUCCAAGGAUUGUGGAUGCAGGAAAGGGAAGUUUUGUGUGCAAUGCUCAGAGAACCCAGUUCCAACAGCUCUGAGAACUUGUGACAGUCUCAGCAAACCACUGGCUGAUGACGGGGUCUGUGAGAGUGGCUGUUACUGCCCACGUGAUCUAUAUGAGGAUCACUAUGGAAAUUGUGUAUCAAGGGACAACUGUACCUGUAUGUACAGCGGUAAAGUCUUCGGGGCAGGAGAGCAUAUCAAAACCAACUGUAAAAAAUGUGUUUGUGGUCAGGGGCAGUGGGACUGCAAAGAUGAGCCGUGUCCCGGGAUGUGUCAGGUUUAUGGAAAUGGACAAUACCUGACCUUUGACUCUAAAUGGUAUCGCUUUAGUGGACACUGUCAGUAUACCCUUGUAGAGGAUUACUGUGGAUGUGGAAAUGGCACCUUUUCUGUCAGAGUGGAGAGUGUACCCUGCUGUGACGAGGCACUCACCUGCUCUCGCUCCAUCGUCCUGGACCUGCAAGGCAAAGUCACCCUGACACUGAGUGACAUGAAGGUGACCAGUAGCAUGGAGCAAGGCUGGGCUCUGCAGGAAAAUUCACUUUACACUAUUGACAGUGUGGGACUCUAUAUCAUCGUGUCAGUGCCAAGGAGUGGGAUAACUCUCAUUUGGGACAAACACACACGACUCACCAUAAAGCUACAUGAAAACUGGAGGAACAAAGUUUGUGGCCUGUGUGGGGAUUUUGACUCCAAUGAGAUGAAUGACCUGCAGAUAAGUGGCUCAGCAGUGGAGUCCAGCCCCAUGGUCUUUGGGAACAGCUGGAAGGCAUCCACUCCUCCCUGUUCUGAUGUGACCGCUGAUAUAUUUCCAUGUGACCGCAACUCCUACUGCUCAGCCUGGGCCCAGCGGCGCUGCAUGAUUAUUAAAGGAGAUGUUUUCAGAGACUGUCACUUAAAAGUGGACCCAGAUCCCUACUACCAGGCCUGUUUGCUGGAGUCCUGCUCCUGUGAGUUUGAAGGGAAGUUCCUGGGCUUCUGCACCGCUGUGGCAGCUUAUGCAGAGGCCUGCAGUGACCAGGAUGUCUGCAUAAAGUGGAGAACGCCUGAUCUUUGUCCAAUUUACUGUGACUACUACAACAAGCCUGGACAGAGUAUUUGGCACUAUGAAGCCUGCGGUAAGAUGAGAACCUGCGGCAAAAGAACUGACCUCAGUCACAAGCUGGAAGGCUGUUACCCCAGAUGUCCAAAGGUCGCUCCAUACUAUGAUGAGAACAGUGGAGAAUGCACCACAUUGAGGAGCUGCUCUUGUUAUUUCAAUGACUCGAUUGUACAAGCUGGACACGUGGUGAAAAUAAACUCUACUGAGUGUUUGUGUGAAAACGGAAGAAUUAAUUGUGCACCUCCACCCACAACUAUACCUGUCACCACACCUACAAGUACUCGGAAAACAGCUGCUUCAACUACCAUCCAAACAACGGUGCUUACCACUAUCAUUACGCCAACAGUGACCGCCAACAAUAUCUCAGCUAUAACUGAAACAAUGCCAACAAUGCCUGCUACGACCUCUCAGUCACAAAGCACUCUUACUUCACCUACUACUACUACACUGGCAACUUCCUCACCUAGCGUAGUAACCUUAACCUCUACAGAAGGACACCAAACAUUAGCAACUACCAGGUCACGCACCACACCAUCUCCGUCUAUGAGUUCUACUUCUUCCCCGACAACUGCUGCUUUGACACAACAUACAACAAAAAUAAAUGGCAGUGAAUUCACCACCGAACAGAUUGCUACAUCACAGUCAUCCAUAACUCAAACUCUUACCACUGUGCUCACUGUUGGUACGGGAUCAACACAAACACAAGCCUCCACAUCCCAGUUGUGUGAAUGUGUCGACCUGAAGAAUAAAAAACGCUGGGCUUGUGGUGAGACAUGGACAGAGCACUGCUUCUAUAAGAGCUGUAUAAAUGGGAAGAUCGUUUUGGCGUCAUUAGCUUGUCCAGUGCCUGUAAUUCCCAACUGUUCCAGAGGUCAGGUCACGAAGGUCUCAGAUGGAUGCUGUGAAACAUGGAAGUGUGACUGUCAGUGUGAGCUGUAUGGGGAGGCCCACUAUGUUACUUUCCAAGGAGCAAGCUUUGAUUUCCUGGAGAGAUGUGCCUACAUCUUGGUGGAGGAGCAUUCACCACGUCAUAAUCUGACUAUUGCCGUGGAUAACUCCAAAUGUCUGCGGGGUAACAAUGGCUCCUGUGUUAAAGACAUCAUCCUGAGAUAUCAAAACAAUAUUGCCAAACUCCGUGUUAACCCACAUUUGUCCUCAGUACAGGCCUUUCUGAACAAUGUGAGGAUACAACCACCAUAUGAAGGAGAUGGGGUGAGAGUUGAGACCACAGGGUACAUGAUGUCAGUUCAUCUCCCAAAGAUCCGUUCUUAUGUCUCCCUCACUCCAUCUUACAAGCUGGUGGUCAAUCUGGCCAUGGAGCACUUCCUCAGCAACACCCAGGGACAAUGUGGUGUGUGUGGUGGAGCAUCAUGUAUCCGUAGAGGAGGACAGAUAGAGGAUGACAGCUGCUGUGAUAAGACGGCCUAUGACUGGGUGUAUGUAGAUCCUCUGAAGCCAGCCUGUAAUUCUGCAAAAACUGAUGUCCCCUGUCUUUCUGGGCCAACUUCAGUACCCACUACUCCACCUGUUCCCCCCUGCCCUCUGAGUCCUUUAUGUGACCUUCUGCACCACCCAGUAUUUAAAGCUUGCACCAAACAUGUGAACCUAAAGCUUAAGAAGAAGAACUGCAACUUUGAUUCAUGCAUAAACCCAAAUGGUUCUUGUUAUAUUUUGGAACAAGCUGCUGAAGACUGUAAAAAUGCAGGUUUCUGUGUUGACUGGAGAGGACUGACUAAUGGAACCUGUGAUGUGCCGUGUCCACCAGGGCAGGUCUACAGAGAAUGUCAUAACAAGCAGGAUGACUUCUGCCACGGAGGAGUGCAUCAUCCAGGGGCCUCCCUUGAAAUGAACACUGCAGGUUGUUUCUGCCCCAUCAGGCUGUUUAGAGCUGGACCUCACUCAGAUAUCUGUGUGUCUGACUGUUCCUAUUGCAAAGGACCAAAUGGAGAGCCUAAAUUUCCUGGUGAGGUGUGGCAGUCCAACUGCAACCUGUGCAAAUGUAACAACCAGACUCGGACUGAGGAGUGUUUUCCAAAACCUACUGGGCCAGCUCCUCUCUGUGGGCCCACUGAGGCUUUAGUGACCGCCUCCUGCUGUGGUGAUCUGAUGUGUGUUGGGAGACAGAUGGACAGAUGCUGCCCAUCCCUGCAUGACAUUUAGUUGCAGUAAAGAGGGCAUUCAGACAGAGACUAAAGUCUGUCCUGCUCAAAGCUGCUCUGAGGAGGAUAGAAUUUGGGAUGAUCUCCACUGCUGCUAUACAUGUAAGGAGAGAUGCGCUCCCAAGACGUCCAGUAUCAACAUCACCGUUGACAGAUGCAACACUGUCAUUCAGAUGCCUGUGUGUCAGGGCCAGUGUUCAUC